AUGAUCUACUCCUCUGGAAGAGAAUCGUACUUCAACUUGAACUCAACCUGGUAUGAUCCCGCGGGGUCCUGGCUGGACACCCGGCGCACACCCUUCCGCUACGGCUACAACAACUGCUGCUCGGGGUGUGAAGGUGAAGGUGUUGAAGGCAUGAGAGGGCACAACUACCGUCACUAUGGCUAUCGGCAGCCAGUCUGCUCCGAGAGGUGCCACGGCUACACUGCAGCCAGCUCGUGCCACGGAGGCGGGGGCUGUGUCAGGAGGCCCACGUACAGCUACGGCUCCUCGGGAGGAUGCAACAGCUACGGGAGGUCGGUCUGCUCAGAGAGAUGCCAAGGGUCCUCAGGGGGAUGCAACAGCUACGGGAGGUCGGUCUGCUCAGAGAGAUGCCAAGGGUCCUCAGGUUCAUGCCAGGGAGGUGGUUCAAGCUGUGUCAGGAGACCCACAUACAGCUACGGAUCAUCAGGGGGAUGCAACAGCUACGGGAGGUCGGUCUGCUCGGAGAGAUGCCAUGGAUCUGGGUACCAAGGAGGGAAGCCAUGCCACAGCAAGCCAGUGCAGGUUGUCUCACAGCGCUGUCCCGUGCAGACCUGUCCCCCUCCAGUGCAGACCUGUCCCACUCCGGUGCAGAUCUGUCCCCCUCCAGUGCAACAAGGCUGCGUGCCCGUGGCAAAGUGCAUCCCCAGCCAGCAGCAAAAGCAGGUCUGCAAAGUGCCAGCCCAGAAGAUAAAGUAG